UCAGGGGGUAUUGCUGGUACUGCAGUUGAUGUUAUAUUGUUUCCACUCGACACUUUGAAGACAAGACUUCAGUCAGCACGUGGCCUUGUCAAAUCAGGUGGAUUCAGGGGCAUUUAUGCUGGUUUGUUCUCUGCCGCCAGCGGCUCUGCUCCUUCAGGUUUCAAUCUCUUUGUACAUGAAUGUGAUGCUGAUUCAAAUUUGCUUCGUGCUUUAUCGACAGCCCCUUCUAAUUACAACAUUUUUUUUCCUUUUUAGCUGCUACAUUUUUUUGUUCUUAUGAACUGACAAAAAAUGUUCUCAAACCACAUGUGUCUUCCUCAAUGUUUCCAUUUGUUCACAUGUGCGCAGCAACAAUUGGUGAAGUGGUGAGUGUUAAAUAUUAUUUGGGGAAAUGUUUCUUCUUUUUGUGGUCUUAAUGUAUCUCAAAAUGUAAAUAUUGAUUUAAAAAUGUACAUGAAUUAAAUGUUGAAUGGUCUUCUCCUUCUGUUUCAUACUCUAACCAUUUAUAAAAUAACUAAGAUAGUACGCGCUCUCUGAUUGGCUGCUAGGCGUGUUUGCAUGAGAGUAUGUAAACGUGGUUGUGAGGUCAAGAUCUUUUGCUGUACUGGCGCUAAUCACGCAAGCACGAAUUUGAAAAAGUUACUUUAUUUACCAAUUUCGUCACCCGCUGAAACUUGGAAAUCUUUACAAACAGGCUGUGCCUUUUUGCUUAAGCUGACAUUUUAAGUGAGAAAAAUCCGUAAUUUGGAAAGUAUCUUUUUUGCAAAACAAGACUUCGUGUACAAGACUUCGCGACUGGUGAGAAUUUCUCUUUUAAUCAGUACCGUAACAAAGAGUUUUGCGUUAUUUCUUGGGAAAGUUAAUUUAUAAAAGCAAUAGAAUACUUGUUUUCCUGUAUUUGCACAGCCUGAUAUAAACACGAGAGGGGUUGGGAGAAUUCUCGACAGUUAUUGGUCUCGGGUUUGCAUAACUGUCUCGAAUCGUCCCAACCCCUCUUGUGUUUAUAUCAGGCCAUGCAAACACGGAAAACGUUUUCUGUUGCUUAAGUUGUUACCUCAGUCAAAGACUGUCCAAAGUAACUGUAAAUUGUUGUAAAUGUUUAUUACUCUUGGUAGGUGAGAAAAAGUCCUUGGAGAAUUGUAUUUUUAAAGUUCUGUCAGUUACUUUUUUAAUAAUAUUAUAUUAAUCGUUAACUUUGGUCUUAAAUGCAAGUCUGUAGAUUGGCAGUUAUCACUGGCCGUCAUUGUUUAUGACUUAUCUGCUAAUUAAAUUAAAGGUGGCACUUUUUGUAAGGAACCCAUUUGAAGUGGUAAAACAGCGUGCACAGGCAUACACCCACCUAAGCAGCACACAAGCACUGAGAUAUACACUUGCUGAAGAGGUAUGUCAGUUCUAAAAAAGGUUUACAUUAAUUUUGAUGUUUUUAAUAUUAUCAUGCUUACACCUUUUGCUGUUCAUUACGAGAAAAUAGGCAAUCAUUUGCGUAAAACCGCGACCAAUAGCGCGAAGAUACAUUCAUUAGCGCGAAAAAGCGAACAUUUGCGCAUAAAUCAGAUUCAAUAACGAUUUUUGCGUUUUAAUCAACAUUCAAUAACACUUUUGGGCAUUCAUAUGGGUCAUUGGGCAUACAAAAGAGAAAAAUAUACUUUCAUUAACGCCAACAUCAAAGUCAUUAACACCACCUUGAAAGUCAAUAGGGACAACUGACAUACAUUAAAGUGCAAGCACUAUUCAUUAACAUUUUUAUGACACUAUUUACAAUUCAAUAGCAUUCCUGGACAACCUUAGGAUGGAUAAGACAAACAUUAAUGCGCUUGUACAAUCAAUUGAGUGUUCUUUACAUUUAAUAUGCAAAAAACGAUUUUCAAUUAAACAAUAGAAAUUCCCCCCAAAAUUGGCCUGAAUUUGUUUAAAGAAUCACGCCAGAUUUGGCCAUUCCCUCCCCACAUACACAGCUUAUGCAUUCCCCCUCGAUAUCGUUGAAAAGGAUUUAAGUUGUCUGAAAGCGACACCAAAGGCCGACAUCUCGAGUCCGGAAAUUUAAAGAUGUAUAACAGGAAUGAGGGCAAAGUCCUAGCAAUCCCGCUAGCGGAGUUCGGAAACAACAAUUGCAGUGCUUGAAGCUCUGCGCAGAAACAUGACAUUUUGACCGCAGCUAAAUGUGCGAAGGGGUACCAUUUCACACAAACCUACCUCCCAAAAUGUUUGAAUAGCGAGGUUUUUGAGGGAUAUACAUUUAACGGAGUGAAUUCGGGCCAAUUUUGGGGGGAAUUUCUAUUGUUUAAUUGAAAAUCGUUUUUUGCAUAUUAAAUGUAAAGAACACUCAAUUGAUUGUACAAGCGCAUUAAUGUUUGUCUUAUCCAUCCUAAGGUUGUCCAGGAAUGCUAUUGAAUUGUAAAUAGUGUCAUAAAAAUGUUAAUGAAAAGUGUUUGCACUUUAAUGUAUGUCAGUUGUCUCUAUUGACUUUCAAGGUGGUGUUAAUGACUUUGAUGUUGGCGUUAAUGAAAGUAUAUUUUUCUCUUUUGUACGCCCAAUGACCCAUAUGAAUGCCCAAAAGUGUUAUUGAAUGUUGAUUAAAACGCAAAAAUCGUUAUUGAAUCUGAUUUAUGCGCAAAUGUUCGCUUUUUCGCGCUAAUGAAUGUAUCUUCGCGCUAUUGGUCGCGGUUUUACGCAAAUGAUUGCGUAUUUUCUCGUAAUGAACAGCAAAAGGUGUAUUAUUAUGAUUAUGAUUAUUAUUAUUACUAGUAAUAACCAAAGGUUACAGAGUGCGCGAGACAACGAUCGAAGGUCAAAACGCUUUUGCUCCAGCGCUGUGCUUUGCGUACUUUUCACGUGACAGAUGGUCAAAACACGCGUGAUCAGAUUGCGAGUGAUGAAAUGUCCAAACGCGCGUGAUCACUAAAGUGCGUUCUGUGCAUUCCAUACAUUCUUAGUGGAAGUCCAUGUGACGCAAGAGCAAUAACAACCUGGAGAUUAGGAUUGCGGGCUCCUCUGGUCGCCCGCAAUUAUUAUUAUUAUUAUUAUUAGUAGUAGUAGUAGUAGUAGUAGUAGUAGUAGUAGUAUUAGUGUUAUUAUAAUCAUUAUUCUUACUAUUAUUAGUGCUGUUUAUUGCUUCUUGUGCUCUCAUAGAACCGGGCCCAUUCGUUGGUCGUUCCUGAGGUGCUAGACGGGUAUUUCGUUCGAUGGACAGAAAUCUUCUUAUUAUACAUGCCGUUCCCAAGAGGAUGAUCUUUUGCAUUUCAUUGCUCUUAAUAGCUCAAGGGAUCUUUCCUAAAUUCUGGUCCAUUUCGUUUUUUUAAAAAUGAGUCCGAGGGUGCUGGAUCUCAAGGUUUUUGUAUGGUUCUGACACAUCUAUGAGAUUGGUUGGCAUGGUCCUUGAUCACUUUGUCGGGUUUGUUCGCUGAGAGCUCAAAUCUGUAUGUAUCUGCAUACCCCAAAGGAUUGUGGCUUCUCCAUUUCCUGUGAGCGUCUCAGGCUUGUGUUCAUACCACUUCUCUUGUACUUUGAUUUUGUAAUGCUGACACGCUUUCCAAUGGAUAUAUGCAGUUGCCUUAUUGGGCCUCUCUAGGUAGUCUGUUUUUGCAAGUUCGGGACAUUCAGAUAUUACAUGCUAUAACGUUUUGCUUGUUACAUAUCUUGCAUGGUGGACUGGUGUCAUAUUUCACACUUAUUGUGACGUAAGACUUGGUAGGGAGGCUCUGGGCCUGGGUUGCUAUUAUUAGACCCUCUGUCUCAGCUUUAAGUCCUGUACUUUUGAGCCACUGGUUAGUUUUGUCAUCAUCAACAUCCGCUUCUCAUAUUCUUUUGGGGUAUCUUCCGUGUAAUUCCUUUUCCCACUGCUUCAUUUCUAUCUCUUCGGUCUGCUUUGAUCUUUGCUUCACUCUCCCCGCAAAUAUAGUAACUGGUUCAUUUCCGGCCUGUAAAGACAUGGUGUGUCAAAUUCUCUUCUGAAUCUGUUUCGUUUCGAAGUGCUAUUGGAGCAGAGCAGCAUCAGUGUUCGUUGUUUCUCAAGUACGUUUCCAGCAGGAAAGUUCAUGCCCCCACCAUACAAACGCCCGUAAAAUCCCAUUGGUGUUUACCACACGGGCCUUUACAGAAGAAAUACAGAUGAACAAUACUGUUGCUAUGACAUGUAUAAUUUGCUACAAAAUGCAGAUUUUAACGCAACUGUUUAGAUAAAAGUUUGCAGAAAAAGUUACUAAGUCAGGUGUCAUGUUUUUUUCGCCGUCUCGCGCUAUUUUGUGAGAUGAAUAUUUGACCUCGGCGGUUAGAACUAAAGAAGGAGACAAGGCAGGCAGCAAUCAGCAGCUGGCGCAUGAGCAAGUCCACUUUUAGAUGGAACUGGAGCCAAAAUAUUUAAUUUCUUUUCUCAAGAAUACCGGUUGCCAUGCCAUGCCUGCGCCGAGUGAGAGCUCGAUCCUUCCAAAAUCUCUCGAGAAAAACGAUCCUGAAGUUGCAAGACCAGCAAGUUCUCAACAUGAUCGAUGCAAAAUUCUCGACCAAAAGCAUUUGAGGUAUGCGCGUCGAUCCAAUCCACCAAUCAGCGCAUCGCGACCGUUGUCAGUUCAAAACUCCAACCCUGCCCUGCCCAUUUAAAUAUCCUCUUGAUUCAAACAAUGAGUACAGUGAUGCAGCUGUUUAAGGGGUUCAUAUUUUAGUGUGUGUUCUGCUUCGAGACAUUUGUGACGUAAUUCGGGUAUCGCGAACGGUACACGCACGUAUUUCAUAAUUUAUGAGGGCCAUUUCACCUGCUUCAAUUUACAGUAUAAAAGAUCAUAUAUUUUCAAAGUUCUUGAAAUGAAAUGUUAAUAAUUGGUGUUUAGAUAUGGACUUUAAUUCGGAAGUAUGCGGCCUAUAAAUUAUAUGGUGGUUUUAGAACUUUGAAAGGCAGCUUAUUAUUAUUAUUACUAUUUUUUUUAUUUUUGUACCGAGUAAGUUAGUUCUGUUAACAAGCUUUGUUAUCUCGCUUACAAAGUUCAACAGACCUUUUUCGUUCCGGCAAACAUGAAAUUAAGUAAACAACAUGAUACACGCUUGCUGCUUAAGAGUCCUUGUAGUUAUUGAAACGUAUUUUUAUUUACUUAGGGGCUUAAAUAAAGAUGUGUAACUUAAGUAGAAACAAUAGCGUUAGCGAAUAAAAUUGCAAGAAGCUAGUUGACAAAAUAAUUAGAUAUUGUUUUAUUGAGUGGAAUAACAUUAGAUAACAUGAGAUGAGUAGAAAUAUAUUUCGACAGUUAGGCUAUCAACCUUAACGUUGCAUGAAGCAUAAUUUAAUUGCAGAUGUUGCAAAGCCGAGGUGAUUUCUUAAAAUCGUUUGAGCAAAUUUUCCAGUAAAAACUUUGUGUUCUUUUACGUACGAAUCGUAAAAGGGACAAAGUCCAACACUUUCACGUGUAAACUGAGUAACUGUACUUCUCGUGCAGACUGGCUUUUUAUAGCAACAAGACGCUACGGAGCGUACACUUCGGCGUCGUGGUGUGGAACUGAUUAAGUGUAAACGCGGAGGAAUAAUAAGAAAUGAAAUAUGGUAAGAGUAAGGUGUUAAUUUGUGAAAUUAUGGGAUAAUGAUAGGCUCUCACUUGUAAACACAAAAUUUCUGACAAAAUAUUAGCGAAUUUUAGCCCUUAGUUUACUGCCUCACAAUAUAUCAAUAAUCUUCAAACUAAGAGGUCAUAUAAAGGGAUAGUUAAUCUCAAGAUUUUUAAAUUUUUUAAAAAAUCUAUUGAGUGGUUUAGAAAAUUUUCGCUCAUUUGUUAAAGUAGACCGAAAUGUUUACAUGACCGCUAACAAGAGCGCCCCGAUACAUACUAAUCAAAUUCUUCUUUCUAGCAAUCGGCUAGAGGUAUCUCCAUGAUCAUAGGUUUACGGGCCGGGGGCGAGGGGGGCUGCAGCCCCCCCAAAGUUUGGGCAACUCAGAUUUUGUGGGCAGCAAGAGAAAAUUUGGGCAGAGCCAGUUUUUAAAGACGUUUCCAUGUUUUUUAUUAUUAUUAUUAUUUUGAAGAGAUAAAUAUUUUCUAUUUUAACCACUGAGAAGUCGGCGUAAUAAUUCAGUUACGUUCACACGAGACGGUGGUUGCCUAGCACGUGAUGAGUUUCUGGUUAUAAGGAAAGGGUAUCAUAUGCUGAUUUUUUUUUGUUGGGCACUGUACUUCACUGUACUAGCUGGAGUGGGCUAUUUCCAGUCAUGAAUUGAUUAGAAUAAACUUCCGCAUAACUUUCUAGAAUCACCUCCGCUCCUAGAACAGUGUGUGGCAGAACACGCAUCAGCAAUGGGUCUGAAAGUGAAGUGGCUGACAAAUUGUCAGUUUGAAUUACGAGAAGAAUCAUAGUUUUCUUUAAAAAAAUCUAUCGAGGGGUUUAAAAAUUAUUCACUAAUUUGCUUAAGUGGACCGAAAUGUUUACGAAAUACCUAACAAGAUCGAGCGCUAAUCAAAUCCUUCCUUACACAAAUUGGCAGGAGCUAUCUCCAUGAUCUUUCAUACACGUUUUUAAUAAGAUUGAAACUACUGUGAGGUGAAAUUGCAUGUCAAAAACGCUCCGUUUUCUUCAGAUUACGACUUAAAAUCAAGAUUUUCCUUUUUUUACCUUAUUUCUAACAAUAAAAACUUCAUCCCAAAAUAUCUCGAUAACGCUCUUACAGUUCCGUUUUAACUUCACGAACAUCGAGGCGACUAUUAUCUGCGGUGGCAAUUUUUUCCAAAUGCUUGUUUGUGGCGACGUAGUUUAUGCUCAAACUUGGCAGGUAUUGACCCUGAAAAACUGUAUCGAGCCACUUUCAUAUGCCAGUACGGCCUAUUUUGUUGCAUGGCCCUAGUUUCCUUUCGACUGUUUUGUAAAAAUUUGGGCAACUUGGAAGAAUCUUUUGGGCAAAUGGAUUACGCCCCCCCCCCCCGGCAAAAAAUUGCCCGUACGCCUAUGUCCAUGAUCUUUCACACACGUUUUUAAGAGGAUUGAAAGUACUAUCAGGUGAAAUUGCAUGUCAAAAGCGCUUCUUUAAGUACAGAUAACCGUCAAACAUCAAGAUGGUCCAUUUUUUUUACCGUAUUUCUAACCAUAAAAGCUUCUUUCCAAAAUAUCUCGAUAACGCUCUUACAGAUUUCGCUUAAACCUCACGAACAUCGAGGCGGCUAUUGGAGGAAAAAGCUCCAGUAAACGAUUUUGAAAGAACAGUUCCCAGUGCCGAGAAAUAUUGCUGCAAGUAAAAUAGGUAAUGGCGUCAUUUCGUUGCUAUGACAACUCCGAUGUCAUUGCAACCUUGAUCAUAACAACUUUUCAUCUUUAUCUAGUACAACUGUGGUGUUAAUUUUUCCAAAUCUUUGUUUAUGGCGACUUAGUUUACGCUCAAACUUGAGAGGUAUUAACCCGGAAAAACUGUAUCGAGCCACCUUACGUAAAACUAAACAGCCUCUGCCAAUAAUAACAGACUCUCACGUGAACUUCAGAUAUCUUACGGCUUCCGCCAACUUGUAAACAGAGAACUUGAAAAUCGAACUCCGUCAUACCUGACUAAACACAGCACUCCAGCUCUUGGGAAAAAACUUAGUCAAAAGAACUCGCUUGGAACUUGUAUACCGUUUGACACAAGUUUCUAGAAAAUACUAAACAGGCGAAUAGUAGUAGCUUUUCGACAUAUUUUAUGAUUUCAGUAAGUGAUACAAAUCUGCUGACUCAUUCUGAAAUAUAAUCAUGCCGUAAUUAAUUAUUCAGGAAUAAUCCAAAAACGUAGAAAACGUUCGAGAAAGUCACGCAACGCAUGAAAACAAUUUUACUACGUAACACUCAACAAAGACAAAACGUGUUUGUGCAGCAUUUUGUAAAUUCAUCAUAAGACAGUGCGAUAGGAGCGCUCACUUGUGAGGAAAUGAAGCUUGAUUCAGAUGUCCUUGAAUAAACAUUCGCUUAACUUGGUCUUGUUUCGAUCUUAAGGAAUCAGUCGCUCGCGCGAAUAAACCAUGCCGUGUUGUGUUAUGUCAAUGUAAAAUUAUCGAGAAAUCAGUCUGUCAGGGGUGAAUCUGUUGUUUUCUGCCUCGCGAGACUCGUUCCUCGACUCGAUUCUCGAUAACUUGUUCUCUAUUCGCGCAGGAAUCGAGACUCGCACCGACUGUCAACUUACUUUUGGACGGUACUGUAAUAUUAACCUUACCCAGCAUUAAAGAAGGACAAUGAGAAAGCCAAGCCUACUGGUUUGAGGGUUGUCCAAUACUCACCACUUAUUUUACUACAUAGAUAGAUGGAUGGAUGGAUGGAUAGAUGGAUGGACGGACGGACGGACGGAAGGACGGAUAGUUUAUUUGUAGAAAGCUUGCAGCUACUAAGCUGAAUUGUAUAUUUACAAUAUAAUAUAAUAUAACAGAAUCUUACAAUAGUGAGUAUAAUAAAAUGAUAAUGAUAAAGUCCUAAAUAAAUAUUAACAUCCUAUAAAUAUAAAAAAGCUUAAAACUGUUAAAAUAUAUACAACGUCAUCAAUCUCAUUUACAAAACUCACCGAGCGCUAAAAUUCGUUAUCAAUACAUGAUCUUACUAAAAAGCUAUUUUUGAAACGCUCGGUCUUACAUUUGGGAAUCGCAAAACGCCUUUUGCACCGAAGAUUAUAACACGACGGCCCUGACGAUUGAAGCAUGUUAUGUAAGCGAUGGGCCGGGUCAUUAGCAAUCGAGAGGAAGGUCUUUUUAUUUAAGCUAGCGAUGUAGUCAUUGAUAGACAUAAUAUUUGAAAGCUGUAAGGCCUUUCUAUAGGCCAGUCCCGGGCAAAUGAUUGGUAGUGCCCAUUUCUCUACAUUCUCUAGAUCUUUCUUUAAAUACAAUGGCAGAGCGUAGAAAAACGCAGGCGAUACGUAGGUCAUGACUGACCUUAUGCAAGAUGUUUAAAAAAGAAUUAAUUCAUGCCUUGCGACAUUGGCCCUUUUCAAUUGUAUUAGGAAAUACAUACGUUUAGAAGCUUUCUUUAUGAUUUGAUCAAUGUGCAUAUUCCAUGUAAGGUUGUUUGAGAUCGUAACACCUGGUAAUUUGGUGCUUUCAACACAUUCUAGCUCUUGAUUAUUUACUACUAUAGGCACGAGUUGUGGUUUGUUCUUUGCAAAUGAAAUCCUAAGCUCUUUACAUUUUUCACUGUUUAGUUUUACUCUAUUCUCAAAAGACCACUGCACGGUAGUAUCCGCAAUCAAUUGGGAGUUGCUACUGGUUCCUUUCACAACGACCUCGGAUGUAGUUGUAUCAUCAACAUACUUCCAGAUAUUGCCUGCAUUAUUGAUUUCUAGAUCGCUGACGAGCACCAAAAACAACUACGGGCCUAGUUUCGUCCCCUGGGGUACCCCGGAUGGGACUGAUCCCCACUCGGAGUAACAUCCCUCUGAGAGUUUGAUUCUCUUGGAACGAUCUAAUUUGCAUAACUUAUUAAUAAGAAUCCUAUGAUUAUACUUAUUAACAAGAAUCCUAUGGUUGUACUACUCGUACAAUUGGUAUGUAUUACUUGAAUCCCACUUUCACGACUGGAACAAGUGGUGAUUAUGGACAUGGAGCCGGUACCCGAGAACUUAGAUAUUUGUUUAGAAAGUCUUGUGAUUGCACCAGGGUGGUACCUCAAAUUCAUUUUCUCUGAUAGUUCUGCUAUGAUGUGAUCACAAGGUUAACUGGAAAGAGCUACUUGUAAAAAUAAUCAGUCAUUUAAUCACCUUGUUUUGUUAUUGUGUAACGUAAAUGAUGAUAUUCACUUAUUGUUUUGUGUUGUAGGGUUUCUAUGGCUUAUACAGGGGUUACUGGAAUACUUUAAUAAGAGAGGUAUUAAUACUAUUAAAGCUAGGUACUAAUGCUAUUAAAAACUAGCAUUAAAGUUAAUUAAUAAAUAACGGUACUAACUUAACAUCAUCAAUAAUAAUUAUUGAAUGUGGAUGGGUAUGACGUGAAGAAUAAUGCAGGUCAAGGAGUGUAGAUCUGCAUGUAUAAUUCCUUCACUCUAUAUCAUACAAAAGCCGAACUCAUUAAUUAUUAUUUAUCAAAAUAUCCAAAAUGUUCUUAACAAGCCUACCACCAUGUAGACAUUUCUUAAAACUAUGGCCUUUUUCUCGGAUGUUUUUUCUUGCAGAUACUCCUCAAUAAGUAAGUAACAUCAGUCGAACAAUAUUAUGUUUUGGUAUUCUUGCAUUUACUUUGUUUUAGUCAGAAAUUCAGCUAUGUCGUCUUCGGAAAGAUGUAAACGCAAUUUUUUUAGUUCACUUUAGCACAAGAAGCCUCGUUUCCAGCCAAAUGUACCCUCAAUCAACCUAGUUUCGAAACAGAUAUACCUUUGAAUCGAUGGUUUAUCGUUCACUUCUUUCAAAUUUGGUCAAUGUAAGCUGGUUGUAAGAAUUAACCAGGGGAGUUGAGCCAGUCAGAAAGGGCCAAAUAUUUUGAAUGAAUAGUAAUGAGAUUUAAUAUGCAACCUAUAUUUUAUGGCUGUUUCCUGCUACAAUUUUCCUGUUAUCUAUUUAGUGUUAUGUUUCAAACCUCAAAACAUGUUUUUUUUAUUGUUUUAGAUACCAUUUGCAUUGAUUCAAUAUCCAUUGUGGGAAUUGUUUAAGGUGAGAGAUUGCAAAUUGAGUCCGUAAUCAAACUCAGCAAACAAACCUUAGACAAAACGCCUUGGUAAUCAGCAAGCGUGUUCUACAAUAUCCCAUGAUUCAAAUCAAGCUCACGAUGUCUAGACUAUCAGUGGACUACAACCUCCGGUAGAAAUAUCUCAAUACAAAUUACCCCCCUUCCUUUCUUCAGAAAUGAACUAUUUGGUGAAGAAAAAUGUCAAUAAGAAAUAUUUAACUGAAAAUGUUGUUCUCUCUGGUUAUUUGUACCGUUUAACUAAAGAAUUGUUCCGCUUGUAUUCAACGCCCUUUCUCGACCCAACACCCACCUCACUGCCUGCCUUAGUCUGCACUGUGUAUGGCUCACUCUCCAAAUUUGCUUCAAAAUACGUGUAAGACUUCAAGCUUUCCAGACGGUUUUGUGUUCUUCAAUAAAACCGGGUCUCCAGGCAUCACAGGAUUUUCUGCUGCAACCCGCCUGUUGGAGCCACAAUGCACGAGGCAUAUGCUGACAAUCACGAUGUCUUACUCCCACAUCAAACAAAUUUUCACCUCGUCUCAGUUCUGAACGGUUAGUCUUCAGUUUCCAAACAUUAGAAUUGCUGGGGUUGCUCCUGUGCUACGAUGAGGAGUGAUUCUAUAAGCCAACAGGAACUUAUAAAAUCUUUUUUCCCCGUGAAGUGAUUAGGACGGACACCAGACUGUGCUUUGUAGAUCAGGUGGCUUCUUGUAAGUUUGCAAGGGGAGGCUUUGCAACGUGGUGUUUGAUAAUGUUGGAGAGAACUGGAAGGAUCAAGACUGGGGGUAUAGUCAUUUGGAUUAUCACAUGGUCCACCCUGUAUCGGAGUAUCGGAUGUAAUCUUCAAGCUUGUUGGAAAGGCACUUUUUGCUAUCAAAAGGUCAAUCAUGUUGUGGAAAAGGUUGCAAAGCUGUGAGAAACAUUCUUUAAGGAUGCGUGGGCAAAGUCCAUUAUGGCCGGUAGCUAGCAUUCGAUUCAGAUUUUGGCGGAAUACCAUAAAAUUUGCCGGUUAUAAUCGUGUUGAAUUGUAGAUAGAUAUAUAUUCUAGCAGAUAUCCUUCGUGAACCAGUUGUCAUCCCGCAUUGAAUGGCAUCUUUGCAUAUUCUUGUCAUGUUUCUGGGGCAGUAGUUCAGUUGAUUCAACGUCACUGCGCGUUUGUACGUCCCUUUUUCAAUCCAAUUAUAACAUUACGACUUAUGUCAAUUAUAAUGCUAACAAAAUUUGGUCAAUGCUAGCUGGUUGUAAAGAAAUAGCUGGCUGAUUUAAGCCAAUGAUAGAGGGGGAAAUAUUUUGAGUAAAUAAUAGUAUGCAAUAUUGAAAGGCCUAAGAAGAAUCCUGAAGACAAUAGAAGAAUACUAAGCGCCCACGCCCCCUAUUUACUUUGUACCAGGUUAGAGCUAAGCGAAUUAUAAACUACAUUCGAAAGUGAGGACCUCGCUACCAUUCUCUAAGCGGUCAGCACUUGUUACCAACACCAUUGCAAAACCUCGUUUGAAAUGUGACUUUUAAACAUCAAAACCAAGAAGUAGGCAUAGCUUUGUGACCGCACUGACCCCUUUUGUGAAUCACAGGCUGAUUUGUUCCUUGUUUUUAAGUUCCCUUAGUGACCACUAAAUUAAUACUCGCGAAUAAAAGCAAAGUAAGAUUGAUGCACGGCAUAGGCGUUAAUAGUUGGGUAACUUUGAAUCUGAUAAAUAAUUAGAAAGAAUUUUAUUGAUACAUAUGCCAAGCGCUUUGUUAAAAGAACUCGUAAUCAAUCGCCCUGGUUAUGCGAGGUCGCUUACGAGAGCCCAAACUUUAAAACUACCACCUCUAAGUACAACCCAUGGCUAUUUUCGAUGUAUAAUGUUUGUUACAUUGUUGUAGCUGAAUUGUCAAAUUGUGUUUUACUUGUUACCGUUGCGAGAAGACUUUUUCAAUCAAGAACUUCAUUCAUACCUAUUGUCCAUACGAAUCAUUAUCUCUUUGGUAUUAAGGUUUGCUUUAGGCGACAAUCACUCAGGACCGAGUUUUGUGUAUUUAGAGUGUGUGGUCAUGGGAACAAGGCUUUCAAGUAUGGCCAUGGCAGUCAAGUAUUUGUGGUGCAGUUUCAGGUAAACUCUGUUCUUUUUUGUUGACAUGUAGCCCAUAGGUUGUUAACUUGGCUGACUAAGGCAUAAUUUCAAAAAUAAGCUUAAAAAUGUAAAUAUACCUGAAUUUUUGAAAACGUGGUUAGCAAAAAAUCAAUUCAUUCUACUACUUAGCAAUUUAAAACAAUAAAAGAUCAUUCAAAAGUCGAUUGAAAGCCUUCAUCUGACGCCGGGCAGUAAGUUAAUGGUCCCCAGAAGCAUUCCAAGUAGUCCAAAUUUAAAUUUUAAAUUUAUGACGCAAAUUGAACAUUUAUUUAGUAAUCUGACUAAAUGAAGUUUCAAACCGGUGUCAUUUCUGUCUAGAUUUUUUUAAGUUGGGUGAAGUAUAGCCAAAAAGUGCCUGGUUAAGGUUUACAUGACAACUUGAAGAGUUAGCUAAACACUACUUUUUUCGCGGUCAGAUAAAUGACAGGAUUUCGCAUGGAAUAGACAACAAACUGAUCGAAACAAAAAACGAGCCGCUGAAACUAAACCUAGGUCUGAUUUUCCUGUGUCGAGAAUUUGUUUUCCAAGCCACAAUCAGCGACGCUAAACACCGACGAACGUUUUAAUUGCUCGCACAGAAUAUUUUAUCCUGUUCCAGGCUCUCAGAUAGAACAGAAGACAGGAAAGUUAAAGGUACGCGAAAAGGGGGGCGGGGCGGGAAAAAGCUUCCUCCCGUUUUUUUUUUUUUUUCAGUUUUUUUUUUUUUUCAUAUUCGAGCUUUCUCAAUUCAGCGGACCCGACUAUCACGGAGCGUGGAACAGGCUAAGAAUAUUUUGGUGUAACAGCUCAACCACUCGACCACAUACCUGAGUUGUGCCUGUCAACACCAUGCGGAACUCACACAAUCACACACUUUCGCGGCACUGAUAAGACUAUUCACAACCACGCAUAAUCUUCUCACAUUUAACACAAGGGAAAUAUCAUCAAAUAACUCGGCAAAACUUAGCCUAUUUGCACAUCAACACCUCUGGACCUUUCUCUUGCACUCGUCUUAUUCAAGUUCCCGGAAGUAGCGUCACACGGUCGGCAGACCAGCGUAGACCCUGUUUUCACACCAGAAAGAACGCGAAAUCUACAGCCAUCUCUACACAAAUCCCUAACUACAAAAACAACAACAACAACUAAAAGACAUAAGCAAGUAACACAGUAAACAUGGUGCUAGAUAGGGGAAGUUGAGAGAAAUUACAAAAUGUUUGCUAACCCGCUUUUCGUAAAUCCAGGUAGAAAUACACGUACAAGAAAUAAAAGUUAAAAAUCUAGGAGCUAAAAAAAUAUCAAGAUAAAUUUACAGAUAAUAAAAAUGUAAAUAGGUGUACUAGAAAUAAAGUUAAAAGUCACAGGCUUCUCGCUUGAAGCUGCAACUAGAAGUAAGCUGCCGCUUCCCGAAUGGGAUAUCAGUUGUAGUUUUACACCCACUUGACCUAGUUGAAAAAAAAGGAGAAAAAAGACAGAAGCAAUAAAGACGUCCUGGUGAAGUUGGUUUUGUUUGUCUUAUUUUUAGGUGGAGUUGCUGCCGCAGUGACAAAUCCUUUGGACGUCGCUAAAACUAGAGUCAUGCUUGCGCCGGUAAAGAAAAGAUUUUUUUAAAAUGUUAAAUACUAUCGUAUUUUGCUUUUUCUUACAGAAGUACAUAACAGCUUUAUCGAUACUGAUGACCAGUUUAUAAAAGUUAAUAAAGUAUUCUUUUUUAUUGACCAUUGCUUAAUCAUUGAAGUCAAAUCUUGUCCAAGAAACAACCGUUAUUAAUGUUUUUUUUUUCUCCUUAUUCUUACCGCAGAAGGAUUCCCUGUACACUCAGGCCAGUGUAACACGAGUUUUACUGAUAAUAAAAUCUCAAGAAGGCUUCUCAGGGUAAGAGUGAGCAUCUGGCUCCCCAGGCGGCGCGAUUAACAACUGCUGUUCGGGAAAUUAGCCCGCGCUUUUGAGGAAAAAGACCGAACCCGAGAGAGCGGCGGAAACUGAUCUAGCCUAAUGACCCUCAAUUAAUUGAAUUGCGUUAAUUAAUUAAGUGAGUUGAUAAUAAAAGUAGAUUGGCCACGGUAAGGAGAUAACGAAGCUGACGUUUGCAUAGCCUAGGAAUAAGCCGGCGGUAUCUUGUCCCUGAGGGUUCUUCUCUCGGCUCCAUCGCCAAAAUAGUUUUAGCACUCACCUACUUAUCCCGCCAGCUACGGAGGCUAAUGUUUUCAACCGCUGGCCUUUUGUUAGAGCGAAACGAUUUUCUCUGAAACGUCAACUUCUCGACAGUCUUCCUGCGGAGGCCAAUCUAUAUUCACUCCCCCACCGACGGAACACCACAGUUUCUUUUGAAACUGUACCCUCAUUCAUUUGUGAUAAGGUAAUGCACUGUCUGUUUUGGAAUAACCUGUUCCUGGCUGUCGGAUAGUAGGGUAGACGCUUAAAUGAAAGGCGGCACUUGAAAAUAUGAGCGCGUGAUCUGAGAAAAGGGGGCGGUAGCGGUGGCAUCCCGUUUUAAUUUCGUGUUCGUUCUUUCUUAAUUCCGCGGACCCGACCAUCUCGGAGCCUGGAAUAGGCUAGUUUUGGAACAUAUCUAAUACGUCAACAUUUGCUUACUCCUCCGUCUUGGACUAUUUUUAGCCAUGGAAUUACUUGAGAUAUUAAUGUAUUUUAUUUUCUCACAGUUUGUUUUCUGGAGUGACCAUGAGGACAGCUUGGAUUACGAUCGGAGGAGCAGUAUUUUUUGGUUUCUAUGAAAAAGCAAAAUAUGUCCUUCAAGAGAGACUUGAGAUGAACACUGACCAUAGAAUUUCGGCGUAA